UGUGAAAGUGUUUGUGAGGUUGUGGCAAUGUCUGGGAGAGGAAAGGGCAGUGGAGGGAAAGCUCGCUCGAAGGCCAAGUCCCGGUCGUCCCGGGCUGGCCUGCAGUUCCCGGUGGGCCGUGUUCACAGGCUCCUGAGAAAGGGUAACUAUGCUGAGCGUGUGGGUGCCGGAGCGCCGGUCUAUCUGGCUGCGGUGCUCGAGUACCUGACGGCUGAAAUCCUCGAGCUGGCCGGUAACGCGGCCCGGGACAACAAGAAGACCCGCAUCAUCCCCAGGCACCUCCAGCUGGCCGUGCGCAACGACGAGGAGCUCAACAAGCUGCUGGGAGGGGUGACCAUCGCUCAGGGCGGGGUGCUGCCUAAUAUCCAGGCCGUGCUGCUGCCCAAGAAAACCGCCGCAGGGGGCUCCGCGAAAAAGUGAAGUGACCGUACUUGAAUUUGCGAACACAAAGGCUCUUUUAAGAGCCACCCACCACAUCAGUGAAAAGCAGCUAGACCGUCAAUGCUGGCUAAUUAAUUUGCAUUUUAUGUGCGAGCACGGACGUCUA